AUGGCGGGGACGGCCGGCGCCGCGCGGGGCGCCACCGCGGGCGACGGCGGCGCGUCGGGCUCCGGCGGCGGCGACGAGCGCGCGGGCUCCGGCGGCGCGUCGAUGCGGGAACGAGCGGCCGAGACCGCGCCGGACACGUCCGCGGCGAAGAGGGCGCCGUCGGGGAGCGGCGCCGCCGCCGGCGGCGCGCGCCCGACGCCCGCGCCGUCGGUCUCUCCGACGCCCGCGGUGUGGGUUCAGCGCGGCGACGACAUCGACGGCGAGGCCGCGGGUGACCAGUCGGGCAUAUCGGUGUCGCUCAGCGCGGACGGCACGGCGCUGGCCAUCGGGGCGUACCUGAACGACGGCGCCGGCUCCUGGGCGGGCCACGCGCGCGUGUUCGCGUGGGACCCCGACGACGAGACCUGGAAGCAGCGCGGCGACGACAUCGACGGCGAGGCCGCGAGUGACUUCUCGGGCAUCUCGGUGUCGCUGAGCGCGGACGGCACGGCGCUGGCCGUCGGGGCGUCCGGGAACGACGGCGCCGGCUCCAACGCGGGCCACGCGCGCGUGUUCGCGUGGGACCCCGUCGACGAGACGUGGAAGCAGCGCGGCGACGACAUCGACGGCGAGGCCGCGGGCGACUACUCGGGCAGGUCGGUAUCGCUGAGCGCGGACGGCACGAUGCUGGCCGUCGGGGCGUCCGGGAACGACGGCGCCGGCUCGAACGCGGGCCACGCGCGCGUGUUCGCGUGGAACUCCGACGACGAGACGUGGGUUCAGCGCGGCGACGACAUCGACGGCGAGGCCGCAGACGACGACUCGGGCAGGUCGGUAUCGCUGAGCGCGGACGGCGCGGCGCUGGCCGUCGGGGCGCCCAGGAACGACGGCGGCGGCAACAGCGCGGGCCACGCGCGCGUGUUCGCGUGGGACCCCGACGACGAGACCUGGAAGCAGCGCGGCGGCGACAUCGACGGCAAGGCCGCGGGCGACGAGUCGGGCAGGUCGGUAUCGCUGAGCGCGGACGGCGCGACGCUGGCCGUCGGGGCGUACGAGAACGACGGCGCCGGCUCCAUGCAUCUGAGGCAUGGAUUGAUGGGGCAUGGAAUGCAUGGGAUGAUGGCGAGUCAGAAGUCACAGCAGGAGUCGGAGAAGUUCGUGUAG